CCCACCAAAACGCUGGUGCACAGCUCUCCCAUGCCCCUCCAGAUCGCGCCAUACAGAUAUUUCCAGCUAGCCGUCGUCAUUCUGGCCAUCUCAAUCUUCACCACCCCGCUGCUGUCACGGAGUCUAGCUCGUCUGUCGCAAUUGAAGCAGCACAUCCACGCUUCCCCCACCAUACACAUCCUCCACCCAAAACCACUCUCCACGUCCACAAACAUAUCCACGUCCACAAACAUAUCCACAUCCACAACACUACGCACCAUGGCCUACGAAAAGGAGCUCGAAAUCGCCCUCCUCGCUGUGCAACGCGCCACACUCCUCACAAAAUCAGUCUACUCCAGCCACUCCAAGGGCACCCUCUCCAAAAGCGACUCCUCCCCCGUCACAAUCGGUGACUUUGGCGCACAAGCCCUCAUCAUAUCCUCGAUCAAGCACGCCUUCCCACAAGAUGAGGUAGUUGGCGAAGAAGACGCCGAUGACCUCCGCAAAAACGACGCCGAGCGCGAUCUCGUCUGGGACCUCGUGCAGGCCGCGAAGCUCACCGACAGCGCGGCAGAGGACAAGAUUGGAGGGCCUAUCAAGAGCGCGGACGACAUGCUGACGGCAAUCGACAACGGGAGGAGCGCCGGAGGACCCAAGGGCAGGAUCUGGGCGCUGGACCCCAUCGACGGAACAAAGGGCUUCCUGCGCGGCGGCCAGUACGCCGUCUGCCUCGCGCUGAUGGUCGACGGCGUGCCCACCGUCGGCGUAAUCGGGUGUCCCAACCUACCCGUCGACGACAAAGCACCCCUCGACUCCUCAACAGGCGUCGACGCCGACGACAAAGAAGGAAAGGGCGUCCUAUUCGGCGCUGUCAAGAACGAGGGCGCCACCUCCCGCCCCCUCGGCAACGGCUCCCUCCUCGACGCACAGAAAAUCACAAUGUCCCCCCUCCCCGACGUCGCCCAAGCUACUUUCUGCGAGAGCGUCGAGGCAGGCCAUUCCAGCCACGGCGACAACGCCGCCAUCGCGCAGAAACUCGGCAUCACGAAGCCCUCGGUUCGCAUGGACUCCCAGGCAAAAUACGGCUCCAUUGCGCGUGGAGCCGGAGACUUGUACCUCCGCCUGCCUGUCAGCAAGUCGUACGAGGAGAAGAUCUGGGACCAUGCUGCUGGCGUAGUUAUCGUGCAGGAGGCUGGUGGCGAGGUCAGCGAUGCAUGGGGGAAGCCGCUGAAUUUCAGCAUCGGGCGCACGUUGAAGGAGAACAAGGGCGUUGUUGCUGCACCUAAGGAGGUGUUUGCACGCGUGAUUGAGGUUGUUAAGGAGGUUUUGGGCGCGAAGAAGGAUUAAGUAUUCGCGUGGGGAAAGGGUUGAAAAGUUAUAUAUAUGAAAUGACUGUACGACCAUUGAUUUGUCGAUGAUGAAAUAUGAAACGAUGAACUGGCGAAAUGCAAGAGUGAACGUAAAAUCAUCGUAAUAUUGGUCGUGUAAAUACCUAAAUGAACGCCG